AAAAAAAAAAAGACGAAAAGAAGGGUGAGAAGGAAAAAAGAAAAAAAAACGAGAGAAAACGAGGAGGGCGCUGCGGCAUAGAGGGCACCAUAUUUUUUUAUUUCUCUAGUGCAGAGCGUAGCACAGGUUCUUCCAUCUGAUAAGCAAGUCGUCCAAUAGGCAGUGUUAUCAGAUCCUUUUUAAACAACCCCCCCUUCCCCCCCUCUCCCUUCCUCCCUUCCCCUGGUUUCCCACUCUCUUUACCUCUCUCUUUACCUCUCUCCCGUUUUUUCGACUUUCACGCACUUGUCCACCACGGCUACUUUCCCACACUUGUCCAUUUCCUCAUUCACUUCUUGCUGCUCAUUCAUUCCUCUGCUCACAUACACCUCCCACUCGAUUCGCACCCCUCUUCGAAGCGGAUACAACGACUUUACCAUCCACACAGAUUAAUUCAAAAAUGGGUCUAGAAGAUUACUUUUCGAUCCCGAUUUUCUUCAUCAUCUUUCGAGAGACGACCGAGGCCGCGAUCAUCGUCUCGGUGUUGCUCUCGUUCCUGAACCAGGUCCUCACAGAUGAUCCGGCCAUGCGCCGGCGGCUCUCUCGUCAGGUAUGGGCGGGCACUGGUCUGGGGCUACUGGUAUCGUUGGCCAUUGGCGCGGGGUUCAUCGUUGUCUGGAACCUGUACGCAACGAAUCUUUGGGCGGCCAGUGAGGGGAUCUGGGUUGGCUGCUUCUCGUUCGUGGCGGUCUUGAUGAUCACGGUCAUGGGCGUGGCCAUGCUCCGUACGAACCAAAUGCAAGAGAAAUGGAAACUCAAACUCUCCAAAGCCCUCUCGGACGAAUCCUCUCACGGUCUGGGCUCCCAAUCCCGGAAAUACGCCCUCUUCAUCCUCCCACUCAUCACCCUCCUUCGCGAGGGGCUCGAGGCCGUCGUCUUCAUCGGCGGCGUCACCUUCACGGAAGAACCUCGCGCCGUCCCCCUCGCGGUCCUUACGGGCGUCGCUCUCGGUUGGUUGGUCGGGUUCGCGAUCUAUCGGGGUGGAAACCGGAUGCAGCUUCAUCCCUUCUUUGUCGGCUCGACCUGUUUGUUGAUGUUGAUCGCCGCCGGCUUGGUCGCCAAGGGAAUCGCCGCCUUUGAGGCCGACGCCUGGAUCCGCGCCACGGGCGCACAAUCCGAUGACGAGGGCUCUUACGAUCCCCGAGUCAAUGUCUGGGCCCUCAAGUGCUGUGAUCCCAAGCAGCCCGAUGCAGGUUGGUGGGGUGUUGCGAAUUCCUUGGUCGGUUGGAGUAACGUGGCCUCGUACUGGACCGUUGGCGGCUAUAUUCUUUACUGGGCACUCGUCUCUGUUUGGUUGAUCAGACUGAAGACCAAGAGAGGGAAGAAGGUCCUCGCGGCGGAACAGCGACCAUUGCUCGCUGCUGCUCCUGCUGGGCCUGCUAGAGCUGUUGGAGACGGUCAUGGCAGGAGUACGGGUGCGACCGCGAAUUCGGGAGCUCAGGGUUCGAAUCGUGAUAUCAUCUCGAUCGCCUGAGGCGCUUUUUAUUAACAGCAACAGCAACAGCAACAGCAACAGCAACAGCAACAGCAACAGCAACAGCAACAGCAACAGCAACAGC